CAUAUAAACAUACACAUUGUUCACACUGUCCUUUGAAAAUGUUUAUCAGAAAUUUGUUUAAAAAACUAUCAAAUGUUCAGGCACCCAAACGUGUGAAUAAUACGUUUGGGAAUUAUGAAAUUGUUGAACCAUGGACAGUUUCUCCAAUGAGAAAAGUACCGGGAUAUAUUCCUAAACCAUCUUACAGUCAGUCAUCCGUACCCAGACAAAGUCCAGAAAAGGUAGAAAUUAAGGACAAAAAUCAAAUAAAAUGUAUGAGAGAUAGUUGUUAUUUUGCUAGAAAAGUAUUGACUCGAAUCAAAGAAUAUGUAAAGCCUGGUGUAACCACUGAUGAAUUAGAUGUAAUAGCUCAUGAAAUGAUCAUAAGCAAUGGAGCUUAUCCUAGCCCACUUAAUUAUCGUAGAUUUCCAAAAUCAAUAUGUACUAGCAUCAACAACGUUGCAUGCCAUGGUAUUCCUGAUAGUAGACCAUUGCAAAAUGGAGACAUACUCAAUAUUGAUGUAACAGUAUUCCUGAAUGGAUAUCAUGGAGACUGUUCGCAAAUGUUUGAAGUAGGAGAAUGUGAUAAGGAAGCUAAACGAUUAAUAAGCAUCACAGAAGUGUGCUUAAAUGAAGCCAUUAACAUUUGUAAACCAAACGAGAAUUUUUGUCAUAUUGGUAGUGUUAUUGAAGACAUUGCAAAUAAAAAUGGAUAUCAUAUACUACCAGCUUUUGCAGGCCAUGGUAUUGGUACUUAUUUCCAUGGACCACCAGAUAUUUUACAUUUUGCAAAUUCCGAUCCUGGGAAAAUGCUGACGGGAAUGACAUUUACUAUUGAACCAAUUUUAACUCCAGGUAGUUGGGAAGUUGAAAUUUUAGAAGAUGGAUGGACAGCUGUUACUGUUGACAAUUCUCGUACUUCUCAAUCGGAACACACCAUUUUAAUUACUGAUAGUGGCUGUGAAGUGUUAACUUGUUAACCUUAUGAAGGUAUUUCCUGCACACGCAUCUUUAAGUCCUUGUACAAAACUACCAUUUCUAUUUAUAA